UGAAUAGAGUUCCUUUCACUUGUGGCGUAUUUCAAGCUGAGGGACGGACCGUGAACAACAAGCCUCAGUCUGUUACUCAACAAAGCUGCUGCCCAUUGGACAUCGGAUCUUCUUUCUGAUAAGAUCUCUUCUGUCGUUCCCUUUCCACAGUCCGCAGAAAGACAGAUGAUCUGACUUCCAUUAAGGUGAUGGAGAGGCAGGUUAUUCAGUGUGCCCGGGAGGCCUUUGGGAGUGGAAGAACACGUCCUCUUGAGUUCAGGCUGCACCAGCUUCAGGCCCUGCAGAAGAUGAUGAGUGAAAGGGAGGUUGAAAUCAUCACAGCUCUAAAACAGGAUAUUAACAGGAGCCAGUAUGACACAUCACUUUUGGAGUUGAUUGGAAUAAAUAAUGAGAUUAAUCUGGCUCUGGGAAAACUGCGAGAGUGGGCAGCCCCUCGGCUGGUGGAGAAGAAUCUCUUGACGAUGUCAGACGAGGCUUACAUCCAGCCAGAACCUCUGGGAGUGGUGUUGAUCAUUGGAGCCUGGAAUUACCCGUGGGCCGUAACGUUGGUACCCCUUGUAGGAGCUAUUGCUGCAGGCAACGGAGCUGUGGUGAAACCCUCAGAGAUUAGUGGCUACUCAUCUCUUCUCCUCGCAACACUGCUGCCUCUCUAUCUGGAUAAGGAUCUGUACCCGGUGGUGACGGGUGGAGUGCCAGAGACACAGGAAUUGUUGAAGCAGAGAUUUGACCACAUCUUCUAUACUGGAAGUAGUGCAGUUGGCAAAUUGGUGAUGGAGGCUGCAGCACGACAUAUCACCCCGGUGACUCUGGAGUUGGGAGGGAAGAGUCCUUGCUACAUCGACAAGAAUUGUGACAUCAGAGUUGCCUGCCGUCGUAUAACCUGGGGAAAAUUUGUCAACUGUGGCCAGACGUGUAUCGCUCCAGACUAUAUACUGUGUGAACCUUGUGUCCAAGGCCAUGUGGUGGAAUGCAUCCGACAAACUCUUUUGGAAUUUUAUGGCCCUGAUCCCAAAUCAUCACCGGACUAUGGUCGCAUCAUUAACCAAACUCACUUCAACAGAGUUGUGGGUCUAAUGGAGGGGUAUGCACCAGUACUAGGUGGCCAAUGUGACGCUUCACAGCGCUAUAUUGCCCCAACCAUAUUGAAGGAUGUGCCGCCUCAUUCCAAGCUGAUGCAGGAAGAAAUAUUUGGUCCUCUGUUGCCCAUUGUGACUGUGAGUGGCUUGGAUGAGGCCAUCAAUUUCAUCAAUGAGAGAGACAAACCUUUAGCCCUCUACAUAUUUUCCUCUGACAAGCAGGUCACAAAGAAGAUGAUCGAGGAGACCACAAGUGGAGGCGUGACCGUCAAUGAUGUUAUGAUGCACUACACACUCAUUUCACUCCCAUUUGGUGGUGUUGGUCAGAGCGGUAUGGGCUUCUAUCAUGGCAAACACACAUUUGACCGCUUGAGCCACCAGAGGGCAUGUCUACUUCGUUCACUUGGCAUGGAAAGUAUCAACCUGGCUCGGUACCCACCGCAGGACCGUCAGCGAGCGAGCAGGGCACGGUUGGCCCUCAUGUCACCCCUGAUUGACUUAUCCAAGAAGACUUAUAUCUGGGCCAUUAGUAUGACCGUCAUUGCAAUUGGUCUACUCAUCACUCUGCUAGUCAUUCUUCUCAUUGCCGCAGGCUUGAAUUGUACCUGCUGGUAUUGGAGAGGUUUUUUUAAUUAGACAAAGGAUUACCUCAUAUACAGUACUUAUGUAUCAGUGGUGGGCAGUUUCUCAGUACCGAGCGAAGGUCCGUUCUUGACAAACUCCUGUUUCGCUGCCUGACUCAUGAUUGAUGGAAACUUUGAGACACUGGCGGAGUAAGCGCCCACACAAGCGAUUUUUGGCCUUGACUCGAAUGGUCACAUCAGAAAAGAAAAGACAACCUUCAACAAUUGUUUUGCAGCACAUGUUGGCGCGUCUGAUGGAAAUUUCUGCGUCAUAUCAAUAGCCUGCUGGUUUUCGUAUGGCUCAGUGGUAGAAUGGUCGUCUGCCAAUGCAGAAGUUGGGGACAUUGUGACCUUGUCAAAGUGUCAUUGACCAAAACGCUGAAUCUCCAGUUGCUCCUGAUACUGCGUCAUCAGUACGUCAUGCAGAAACGGUGUAAAGCACUUUGAGUACCAAAAGUAGAAAAGCAUUUUAUACUGAAAGUAACAGCCCAUUUACCAUUAACAAUGAAUGUUCGUCUGUCACGAGCUCUCUGCUUCUGGAAGCUCCAGCGGGAAGCCAUGGAUAGAAUGGCAUGCUGAGAGACAUCCUCAGGCUGAAGAGGGACGCCCUGGUCAGUGCCAACUUCCAGAACCUGGUGUUGCUCAAGGAAGUCAUCCCCAAACACUAGUCCAAAGGCCACUUGGUACCAGGCCACACAGAAAAGAGAGACGCAAAAAAUGAUCAAGAAUUGUGAUUCCGGUGGCGAGCUGUGAUUGGCGACUGAACAUCAGACGCGGCAGAAAUGUGCGUGACGGCAGCUGAUCGGAGACCAGAUCUUUACUUUGGUUUGCAAGUUUCAGAUGUGAACACAAAGCAAAAGGAACAAGAAGUAAAAAAAUGACCAAACGCGCAGCUGAUGGACAGCUACGACUUGGCAUAAUCUUCCCAAGAUGAAACUAUUUCAACAAGAUUGUUCAACACCGUUCCUUGUGUGGCGUUUUCUCCAGAGCCAAAUGGAGUAAAUGAAGCCAUUGUCCAAGAAAAGUUAGCAACACGUCAAUCGCGUUGAAUCAUUUGAACAAGUAGCACCCAAGUUAUAUUGUGGAACACGUGAUAAUUAAUGCACGAGGAGUUUGUGCAGGCUGACGGCACAUAAGCAGUUCAGCCGCGACUGCGUCGCCGUGCCGCCACCGGACAAAGCAGCCAUCAAUCAUGUAAUCUUUCCAUCAUGCAUCCACCCAUCCCAUCAUGUACUUGUUUUAACCAGUCUGUGGCGCAAAAAAGGUUGGAGUCCACUGCCUGAAGGGGAACGUGUCCCUGUUGGGAUACGCCAGCGACAAGGGAGCAGUUUGGGGAGGGAGAAGCAGGAGCAGCAGCAGUAAUAGUAUAAGAAUUGUGUGUGUGUGUGUGUGUAUAAAAUGUUGUCCAAUGAAUAAAAUUGUGUGCUGUUACCCUUCUAAAUAGUUUUUUUUACUGAUGCUCCAAAAAAAGCAUUGAUGGAAACGCGUUUAAAAUAACGAUGACGGCAUGAUGGAUUGACGGACUCGGCCGGCCUGAAAUAAUAACGGACGGAUAAUCACCUCCUGGCGGGCCAGCCGUCGCUAGUGAAUUACGGAUGGAAUACAAAUCAAGUCAAGUCAACAGUAUUUAUAGAGCACUUUCAAACAGCCAUCGCUGCAUACAAAGUGCUGUACAUGGAGCGAUUUAACAUACACAAUAAACAGUAAGACGAAAUGGUAAUAAAGGCGGUAGAAAGCACCAAGCAGUAAAAUCAUGCUGAGUCGAACGCCAAAGAAUA